AUGGCCCCCAAGAAGAAGAAUGUGAAAAAGAACAAAGCAGAUAUCAACGAAACUACUAUCAUUGUGGAAGAUGGCCCCCUCAGUAAACUAAAUGGCUUGAAUGGACUCUUGGAAGGAGGAAAUGGUUUCAGCUGCAUCUCAUCUGAGGUUUCUGACCCAUCAUACUGCCCAAACCUCUUGGAAGGUCUAAGCAAAAUGAGACAAGAAAAUUUCCUUUGUGACUUGACUAUCAGUACCAAAACCAAAUCAUUCAGUGUUCAUAAGGUAGUGAUGGCUUCAAGCAGUGAAUACUUUCACAACAUCUUAAAGAAAGAUCCAUCCACUCAAAGAGUGGAUCUCAAUGAUGUGUCCCCAGUGGGUCUAGCUACUGUCAUCACCUAUGCUUACACUGGAAAACUUACUCUUUCACUUUACACAAUAGGUAGUAUUAUUUCCACAGCAAUUUAUCUACAGAUUCACACCCUUAUAAAGAUGUGCUGUGAUUUUCUAGUCCAAGAAAUCAGUGUUGAGAACUGUAUGUACAUUGCCAAUAUUGCAGAAACAUACGGACUAAAAACAACCAAGGAAGCAGCCCACAAAUUUAUUAAAGACAACUUCAUUGAAUUUUCAGAAACUGAUCAGUUCCUAAAACUUACUUUUGAUCAGAUUAAUGAACUUCUUGCAGAUGAUGACUUACAGUUGCCUUCUGAAAUUGUUGCAUUCCAGAUUGCAAUAAAAUGGCUGGAAUUUGACCAAAAAAGAGUAAAGUUUGCUGCCAACCUCUUAAGUAACAUCCGUUUUGGUACCAUCUCAGCUCAAGAUCUUGUCAAUUAUGUUCAAACUGUGCCAAGAAUGAUGCAAGAUGCAGACUGCCAUAAGCUCCUAGUGGAUGCCAUGAACUAUCACUUGCUUCCCUAUCACCAGAAUACACUUCAGUCCAGAAGAACAAGGAUCCGUGGAGGUUUCAGAGUCUUAGUUACUGUUGGGGGACGCCCUGCUUUAGCAGAAAAGUCUCUUAGCAGAGACAUCUUAUACAGAGAUCCUGAAAAUGGAUGGAAGAAGCUAAGUGAAAUGCCUGCUAAAAGUUUUAAUCAGUGUGUCACCGUGAUGGAUGGAUUUCUCUAUGUGGCUGGUGGGGAAGACCAGAAUGAUGCCAGGAACCAAGCCAAGCAUGCAGUCAGCAAUUUCUGCAGAUAUGACCCUCGUUUCAACAGCUGGAUUCACUUGGCGAACAUGAAUCAGCGGCGCACCCACUUCAGCCUGAAUGUGUUCAAUGGCCUCCUCUUCGCAGUGGGAGGCCGCAACUCUGAGGGCUGCCUCUCCUCUGUCGAGUGCUACGUGCCUGCAACUAAUCAGUGGCAGAUGAAGGCCCCGCUGGAGGUGCCCCGGUGCUGCCAUGCCAGCGCAGUGGUGGAUGGCCAGAUCCUGGUCACGGGAGGUUACAUCAAUAACGCUUACUCUGGCUCGGUGUGCAUGUACGACCCCAGCAAAGAUAGCUGGCAGGAUAAGGCCAGCCUCAGCACCCCAAGGGGCUGGCACUGCGCGGUGUCCCUACUGGAGAGGGUCUACGUCAUGGGUGGGUCUCAGCUGGGGGGGCGAGCGGAAAGGGUUGAUGUUCUCCCUGUGGAGCGUUACAGCCCAUACACGGGGCAGUGGAAUUACGUGGCGCCACUUCAAACCGGAGUUAGCACGGCUGGCGCCUCCACCCUUAACGGGAAAAUUUAUUUAGUGGGUGGCUGGAAUGAAAUAGAGAAAAAGUACAAGAAAUGCAUUCAGUGCUAUAACCCCGACCUCAAUGAAUGGACAGAGGAAGAUGAGCUGCCUGAGGCCACUGUGGGCGUAUCUUGUUGUACUAUAUCCAUGCCCAACACCAAGACAAGGGAGUCCAGGGCUAGCUCAGUCUCUUCUGUCCCAGUCAGUAUCUAA